AUGCCACCGAGUUGGGAAGACCUUCCCGUCCAUUUUAAACAUGAUGUGGUCCGAAAUCUAGAUUUUGAAUCAAGAUGCUGUUUUCGAAAAUGUUGUCAUGCUGAAAGACAACUGGUUGACGAAGUGCCGCUGGAAUUGGAUAAAGUGAACUUAGAGAUUGAAGAAGACGGCAUGAUGUUGAGAGUAGACAAUACUGCGUUUUCGUAUUCACAGGAUGGAAACGAGAAUCGAAUAACUGUUACCGUUGUAAAAAACUCUGAUGGAGAUGACGAUAAUGAUGAACCACUAGUCAGAGAAAAAUAUCUUCAUCACGUUCGACAAAACAUGCUGGAUCUGAUCAUGACAGAUUUUCUCCUGCUUUUCAUUAAUGGAAAAUCUGUUGUAAGAAAAAUGGAGAUUAUUGUCCGCCAGUGCCAGGCUGAAGAAAAAUAUACAGUCUAUGAAACUUUGAGACGCAAAUUACAAGCUAUGCAACCGGCUUAUUGUAUCAACACCAAAAAAGUGGAAUACUAUUUGUCUGCCUUCGAGGAUACAAUUCAUAGCUUGCGAUUGCUAAAUGAGAACUAUUUGGAGACAAUCGCAAUCAAUACAUUCACGAAGAAAAUUAUGAACUCCGCCAUGGAAUCAGUAUUUGAAACAAGACAGUGGAAAAUGGCAAAACAUGUUCAAAUUACAAACGUUGUUGACAUUCCAAUUCGAUUCUUUACACACCUCCAAUUAUACAAUGCUGAUUUCGCCGAACUCUCUUUAAAUGACUUGUUGCUGUCUGUUCAAAGCUUCUAUGAGAUUGAUGCUUCAAUUGAUUCACAUUUUCAACUUUAUUAUCACAAUACGUUGGAUACGACUUUAGUUUCAAAUAAUAUCGCAAGUAACUUCAAAAAUACGAGAAUGAGUGGAAAUGUUGUUAACAUACCCAUGCGAUCUGGAAAUUCAAUUCUUGCUGUCAAAUUUUUGGAUAAUAGAAUAAUUGGACAUGUACACUCACUGUUGAAGAAAAACUGA